CACCACCAAAAGAUGUUGGGAUUUGGUGCUGCAAUGACCCAUUCCUCAGCUUAUUUGAUCUAUCGCAAUACUCGUAGGAAUGAUAUAAUGGAAUCGCUGUUUUCUGCAACAAAAGGUAUUGGAAUCAAUGUCAUCCGCAUUCCUAUUGAUGGCUCUGAUUUUUUACCAGGACAACCUUAUACUUAUGCUGACUCAGGAAAUUUAAACGAUUUCAGUAUUCGGAAAGAUAAAGAAUACAUGCUUCCAAUUUUAAAACAGGCUUUAUCAAUUAAUCCCCAAUUGGCGAUAAUAGCAUCUCCCUGGAGCGCACCGGCAUGGAUGAAGUACGCACCAUUUUGGGAUCGAAGCCAUUCGACACUUAAUGGAGGAUCCUUCAACAUGAAAUACAAAGAUGAGUAUGCAACUUAUUUGGUCAAGUUUCUACAAGAGUAUAAGAACGAAAAUGUUCCCAUCUACGCCAUCACUGUACAAAACGAACCUGGUUUCGAAGCGGAUGGUUAUCCAACGAUGAAGUUAGAUGCCGGAGAUGAAAAGGAAUUAGUAAAAACUUUAGGACCAAAAUUCUCCAGUGCCCAUAUCUCAACCAAAAUCAUCAUAUACGACCAUAAUUGGGAUCAUCCUGAAUAUCCUAUAAGUAUUCUAAACGACCCACAAGCAAAAAUGUUUAUUGCAGGAUCAGCGUUUCAUUGCUACGGUGGUGAUCGUAAAGCACCGCUUCAAGUUGUUCAUGCACAUCCCGAUAAAGGGAUAUACUUCACAGAGUGUACUGGUUCAAAUGCAGACACUACUUGGAAGAGAGUCUUCAGAUGGAACUUUGUCAAUCUCUUUAUUGGACAGCCAAGAGUUUUCGCUAAAACGGUUUUGUUAUGGAACUUGGCAUUAGAUGAGCACCAUGGACCUGUUUUAACCACCCCGGGUUGUUCCAGAGGAUGUGGCUGUAAAGACUGUCGAGGCGUUCUAACAAUUAAAGGCAAAUCCACAUUUGAAAAAAACGUGGAGUAUUACAUUCUUCAACAUUUUACGAAAUUCGUUCAAAGGGGUGCUGUAAGAAUAGAAUCUACCAGUGAUGUUGGAGAAGGUGGUACUCUUCAUUCAGUUGCAUUCAAAAAUCCAGAUAACAACAUCAUAUUGAUAGUUAUCAAC